UACAAUUUUUUUAUAUCCAACACCUCUCUCUCUCUCUCUCUCUCUCUCCUCCGUCUUCUCCCCUUCUUCGAAUCUUCUCUCUCCAGCCUCGCUGCAGAGAUAGAGAGAGAAAGUGAGAGCAUUCAAAAAAAAAAAAAUUAGCUUAAUUUUUCUACUGGCUAUUGAUUUUAAUAAGCAGAAAUUGAUUUUGUGUGACAAUUUCAAUCGGCGGCAACAAGAUUCGCAGAGUCGAUAUUCGUGGCAGAUUUCACGCAACAAAAAUCUGACGCUUUCUACAUUCGUGCCCUUAUUGUAGGAAGAGAUCUGAAUUUAUUUUUCCUUCCAUCCCCAAUUUGCAAUUCGGCUCCGGCCUACGCAAUUGAAGCCAUUCCUCCGGCAGUCAAAUCCGCCGGAGUCUCCUCUCCGCCGCAUUAAGAUCAACUCUCACUCAGUUCUGAAAUCCUCUCGGAAUUCCACCCCCUCCUUUUUUUUUUCCGGCGGUGAUUUUUCCGUCUGAUCGGAAAUGAUGCCAAUGAGGACUAAGAACGACGUGUUGCCGCCGGAAUCCAACGGCGGGAGAGGCGGCGGCGGAGCCGCCGCCGAGAAGGAAUGGGAGCUGAGGCCCGGCGGAAUGCUAGUCCAGAAACGCACCGACGGAGACCAGGCGCGUGCACCACCACCUACAAUACGCGUGCGUGUCAAACACGCGUCCAUUUACCAUGAAAUCCGUAUCAGCUCUCAAGCCAGUUUUGGGGAAUUGAAGAAAAUGUUAUCCGGGCCCACGGGAUUACACCAUGAAGAUCAGAAGCUAUUUUACAAGGAUAAAGAGAGGGAUAACAAAUCAUUCCUAGACACUGUAGGAAUAAAAGACAAAUCCAAAAUCGUGUUACAAGAAGAUCCAAUCGGCCAAGAAAAACGUAUUUUAGCGAUGAGGAAGAAUGUGAAAAUGGAAAAGGCCGUCAAAACGGUAUCCGAAAUCAGCUCGGAGGUCGAUAAACUUGCCCAACAGGUGUCGGCACUUGAAUCUAUAGUUUCUAAAGGCAAGAAAGUGGUCGAAAAGGACGUCGUCAAAUUGAUCGAGUUGUUGAUGAAUCAAUUGCUUAAAUUGGACGGAAUCAUCGUUGUUGAUGGUGAUGUCAAAUUACAGAGGAAAAUGCAGGUGACAAGAAUACAGAAGUGUGUUGAGACUCUUGAUGUGUUGAAGCUGAAGAAUUCAGUUCCAACUAGCAACGAAAACGGGGCUCCGCCGCCCGUUCAACUACACAAAAAGCACUCAAACGGGGCUCCGCCCGUUGAGAAACAGAGGAGCUCAAACGGGGCUCCGCCCGUUUUAUCCCCAGUUCAAGAUCAACAAGCAAGGCAUUCGUUUGGGGAAUCUUUAAUCGACUCGCCACAUAAGCAGGAGUAUCAACCGAGGCGUUCGUCCUCGGGGGGCAAUGUGGUAAUUACGACACAAUGGGAAACGUUUGAUGCCCCUCCAACAUCAGCCGCACCAAUUCAUCGGCCGCAACCUAGUUUUACAUGGGAUUUGCUUUGAGUUGGCCAUAGAUUGAAAUAAAUGUGCAAUAUUCGAUUUUUUUUUCUUCGUUUUCUUUUCGAGUUGGUUUGGUGUCUAUUCUACCAUUCUUUCCCUUUUUCUUUUUUUCUUUUUGCUUUUCUUUAUGUAUUUAGAAUUUUGUUAGAUUUGCUUUUUUCUUUUUCUUUUUUUUUUGAAUGUGGUGAGAAAUAAAUGGGGAUGUUUACAAGGGGUGGCUGGAUAUUACCUUAAUAUCCCCAUUGAACUGGUCUCUACUUGUAAUGUUUUGUGCUAAGCACACAAGUUAUAAAUUGUACUUAAUUUUUUUUAUUUUUUAAUUUAAUUUUUGAGACUU